AUGCCUGCGCUCGGCUCCCAGAGGCGGCUGCUGGGUUCCCUUAACUGCACACCCCCAGCCACCCUCCCCCUCACACUGGCCCCCAAUCGGACAGGGCCCCAGUGCCUGGAGGUGUCCAUCCCCGACGGGCUCUUUCUCAGCCUGGGGCUGGUGAGUCUUGUGGAGAAUGUGCUGGUGGUGGCCGCCAUCGCCAAGAACCGCAACCUGCACUCCCCCAUGUACUACUUCAUCUGCUGCCUGGCCAUGUCCGACCUGCUGGUGAGCGUCAGCAACGUGCUGGAGACGGCAGUCAUGCUGCUGCUGGAGGCUGGUGUCCUGGCCACCCGGGCGGCCGUGGUACAGCAGCUGGACAAUGUCAUUGACGUGCUCAUCUGCAGCUCCAUGGUGUCCAGCCUCUGCUUCCUGGGUGCCAUCGCUGUGGACCGCUACAUCUCCAUCUUCUACGCCCUGCGGUACCACAGUGUCGUGACACUGCCCCGGGCGUGGAGAAUCAUUGCAGCCAUCUGGGUGGCCAGCAUCCUCACCAGCGUGCUCUCCAUCACCUACUACAACCACACGGUCGUCCUGCUGUGCCUCGUUGGCUUCUUCAUAGCCAUGCUGGCCCUGAUGGCUGUCCUCUAUGUCCACAUGCUGGCCCGGGCCUGCCAGCAUGCCCGGGGCAUCGCCCGGCUCCAGAAGAGGCAGCGCCCCAUUCAUCAGGGCUUUGGCCUCAAGGGCGCUGCCACCCUCACCAUCCUGCUGGGCGUCUUCUUCCUCUGCUGGGGCCCCUUCUUCCUGCACCUCUCGCUCAUCGUCCUCUGCCCCCAGCACCCCACCUGUGGCUGCAUCUUCAAGAACUUCAACCUCUUCCUGGCCCUCAUCAUUUGCAACGCCAUUGUGGACCCCCUCAUCUAUGCCUUCCGCAGCCAGGAGCUCCGGAAGACGCUCCAAGAGGUGCUGCAGUGCUCCUGGGUGGCCCAGAGGCUGGGGUCUGCUCUUAAGUUCCGUCCUGCUGGGAGAAGGGUCAGUGCCCCGCCAGCCCUGGGAGAUCGGAGGGAGGCGGCGCCGCCGCAGCGCGCGGACGAGCGGGGAUGCGCGGCACGGAUGCUUGCUGCAGCCGGUGCCGCAGUCUUCGGCGGCGCCCGGGGAUUGGCCGCGCGCGAUGACGCCGGGCCGGGCGAGGCGGGCGGGGCCCCGCCUAUAAGAGCGGGCGGCGGGGGCGGCAGAGCCUCCGCAGCCAGCUGCAGCCGGUCCUCUCGCGUCUCGCAGCCGCCCGCCAUAGCACCGAGCAUGAGGGAGAUCGUGCACAUCCAGGCCGGCCAGUGCGGCAACCAGAUCGGGGCCAAGUUCUGGGAGGUCAUCAGCGAUGAACACGGGAUAGACCCCAGUGGCAAUUAUGUGGGCGACUCAGACCUGCAGCUGGAGCGCAUCAGUGUCUACUACAAUGAGGCUUCUUCACACAAAUAUGUGCCUCGAGCCAUCCUGGUGGACCUCGAGCCUGGAACCAUGGACAGCGUCCGGUCUGGGGCCUUUGGGCACCUCUUCAGGCCUGACAACUUCAUCUUUGGUCAGAGUGGGGCUGGCAACAACUGGGCCAAGGGCCAUUACACGGAGGGCGCCGAGCUGGUGGACUCGGUCCUGGAUGUGGUGCGGAAGGAGUGCGAGAACUGCGACUGCCUGCAGGGCUUCCAGCUGACCCACUCCCUGGGUGGUGGCACAGGCUCGGGCAUGGGCACACUGCUCAUCAGCAAGGUCCGCGAGGAAUACCCUGACCGCAUCAUGAACACCUUUAGCGUGGUGCCCUCACCCAAGGUGUCAGACACGGUGGUGGAGCCCUACAACGCCACGCUGUCCAUCCACCAGCUGGUGGAGAACACAGACGAGACCUACUGCAUCGACAAUGAGGCGCUGUAUGACAUCUGCUUCCGCACCCUCAAGCUGGCCACGCCCACCUAUGGGGACCUCAACCACCUGGUGUCAGCCACCAUGAGUGGGGUCACCACCUCCCUGCGCUUCCCAGGCCAGCUCAACGCCGACCUGCGCAAGCUGGCCGUGAACAUGGUGCCCUUCCCGCGCCUGCACUUCUUCAUGCCCGGCUUCGCCCCGCUCACUGCCCGCGGCAGCCAGCAGUACCGGGCGCUGACUGUCCCCGAGCUCACCCAGCAGAUGUUCGAUGCCAAGAACAUGAUGGCAGCCUGUGACCCGCGUCACGGCCGCUACCUCACUGUGGCUACCGUCUUCCGAGGCCGCAUGUCCAUGAAGGAAGUGGACGAACAGAUGCUGGCCAUCCAGAGCAAGAACAGCAGCUACUUCGUGGAGUGGAUCCCCAACAACGUGAAGGUGGCUGUGUGUGACAUCCCACCCCGCGGGCUGAAGAUGUCCUCCACCUUCAUUGGCAACAGCACGGCCAUCCAGGAACUGUUCAAGCGCAUCUCAGAGCAGUUCACGGCUAUGUUCCGGCGCAAGGCCUUCCUGCACUGGUACACAGGCGAGGGCAUGGACGAGAUGGAGUUCACCGAGGCUGAGAGCAACAUGAACGACCUGGUGUCCGAGUACCAGCAGUACCAGGACGCCACGGCCGAGGAAGAGGGUGAGAUGUACGAAGACGAUGAGGAGGAAUCCGAGGCCCAGGGCCCCAAGUGAAGCAGCUGAAGGGGUGGGGCGCGGCUGCGGCCAGGACCAAGUGGUCUUUCCCCCGAGCCAUGUAGCCACUGACACACCCCCAAUCUCACCCCCACGAGGUUCAGUCAUGUCACCCUGGGGCUCCCAAGUGUUUUUCCUCCAGUAUUUACAGCAUCCCUGCCCUGCGUGAGUUCUCUCAGCUAUCUUCCGCCUUAGGUCAAAUCCGU